AUGGCCAAGACCCAAAAGAACAAGGCUACGUCCUUCCAUUUGGGUCAACUGAAAGCCAAGCUCGCCAAGCUCAAGCGUGAGCUCCUGACGCCCUCGGGCGGUGGCGGCGGCGGCGGUGCCGGCUUCGAUGUUGCGCGUACGGGUGUAGCGAGUAUCGGCUUCAUCGGCUUCCCGUCCGUGGGAAAGAGUACCCUGAUGAGCAAGUUGACGGGUCAGCACUCCGAGGCCGCGGCGUACGAGUUCACGACGUUGACGUCCGUUCCGGGUCAGGUCACUUACAAUGGUGCGCCGCUGCAAAUCAUUGAUUUGCCGGGUAUCAUUGAAGGAGCUAAGGACGGCCGCGGUCGUGGUCGCCAGGUCAUCGCCGUCGCAAAGACGUGCCAUCUCAUCUUCAUCGUCCUCGACGUCAACAAGCCUCUGACGGACAAGCGCGUCAUCGAGACGGAACUCGAAGGCUUUGGCAUCCGCAUCAACAAGUCGCCGCCAAACAUCACCUUCAAGAAGAAGGAAAAGGGCGGCCUCAACAUCACGAGCACCGUGCCCCUCACCCACAUUGACCACGACGAGAUCAAGGCUGUCAUGAAUGAGUACCGCAUCAACUCGGCUGACAUUGCCAUCCGCUGCGACGCCACCGUCGACGACCUCAUUGACGUCCUCGAGGCGAGGAGCAGAAACUACAUCCCCGUCAUCUACGUCCUGAACAAGAUUGACGCCAUCAGUAUCGAGGAGCUCGACUUGCUCUACCGUAUCCCCAACGCCGUGCCGAUCAGUUCGGAGCAGGGCUGGAACAUUGAUGAGCUGAUGGAGGCAAUGUGGGAUAAGCUCAAGCUGGUUCGCGUUUAUACGAAGCCAAAGGGCAAACUGCCAGAUUACUCUCAGCCCGUUGUGCUCCGUUCAAACAGGUGCACGGUCGAAGAUUUCUGUAACCAAAUUCACAGGAGUAUUCUCGAACAGUUCAAGACCGCCAUUGUGUACGGCAAGUCCGUAAAGCAUCAGCCUCAGCGCGUCGGUCUAUCUCACGAGCUAGCCGACGAGGAUAUCGUCACAAUCGUCAAGCGCUGA